CCAAUGGAAUAGAAAAUUCGCCGAGGUGACAGGGCAAGCCAAGGGGAUGAAAAGAUCCCGCCUCUACCGCGGCGGCGGAGCCAGUGGCGUGCCGGGCCCAAGAGCGCAACCCAGUGGGACGACGGGGUUCGCUCCCGGCCGCGGACGGAGCCAAUAACCGCCGCUCGCCGGCUCCCCGGCGCCCUUGGCUGGCCGCAGAGCCAGGGGGCUGGCCCGCUGGGAGAGUCCCGCUGCCGAGGGGAAGAUGGCGGCGGCCAUGGUGCUGGCCGCCGGGCUCUGCGUGGCGCGCCGGGCGGCGGCGGUGGCGGGGCCGCGGGGGGCGCAGGUCCGAGGAGCUGCAGGUAUGACUGAUGGGAAUGAAGUGGCCAAGGCCCAGCAGGCAGCUCCUGGGGGCGCAGCCCCAACCAUCUUCUCCCGGAUCCUGGAUCGAAGCCUCCCAGCUGACAUUUUGUAUGAGGACCAGCAGUGUCUCGUAUUCCGUGAUGUGGCCCCUCAGGCUCCUGUGCACUUUCUGGUCAUUCCCAAGAAGCCCAUUCCUCGCAUUAGCCAGGCUGAAGAAGAAGACCAACAGCUUCUAGGACACCUUCUCCUUGUGGCCAAGAAGACAGCAAAGGCUGAGGGGCUGGGAGAUGGAUACCGACUUGUGAUCAACGAUGGGAAGCUGGGUGCACAAUCUGUGUAUCACCUGCACAUUCACGUACUUGGGGGCCGACAGCUCCAGUGGCCUCCAGGAUGAACCUGCCAAAUGACCAAGGACCUCAGACCUGGAUGCUUGGAUAGGGUGGGGAAAAACGGCACCCUGUGAUACUAAUAAACUUGCUCUUCCUCAA